UACAACAAAUGGCUCAUGUUAGCAUCCUGUGUAGUGGGAGCUAAUUUCAAACUUGUUUAACGUUAUAUUUGAGUUUGGCUAAGUGAUUUUACGAUUCGACUGGCAGCCGCAAACCACCAGGUCCGGCACUCAUGGAGCCGUCCACUAAGCCUGCGACCAACCAGGUGGCUGAUGUGGUAUUUGUCAUUGAAGGGACGGCAAACCUUGGACCUUACUUUGAAUCUCUAAGGAAAAAUUAUAUACUGCCGGCCAUUGAAUAUUUCAAUGGAGGGCCCCCAGCAGAAACAGAUUUUGGUGGAGAUUAUGGGGGGACACAGUACGGCCUCGUGGUGUUCAACACAGUAGACUGUGCACCUGAGUCAUAUGUCCAGUGUCACGCACCGACUAGCUCUGCCUUUGAGUUUGUGUCGUGGAUCGACAGCAUCCAGUUCAUGGGAGGUGGAGCAGAAAGCUGUAGUCUAAUUGCUGAGGGACUCUCUGUGGCCUUGCAGCUCUUUGAUGACUUUAAGAAGAUGAGAGAGCAAAUAGGUCAAACCCACAAGGUGUGUGUGCUUCUUUGUAACUCUCCUCCAUACCUGCUUCCUGCUGUGGAGAGUGUCAGCUACACCGGCUGCACAGCAGACAACUUGGUCAAAAUCAUCAGAGAUAGAGGAAUUCACUUCUCUGUGGUGGCGCCUCGGAAACUACCUGCUCUACGGUCUUUGUUUGAGCGGGCGUCUCCAGUAGGAGGUGCGGUCGAACCCCAUCCAGACUACAGUCAGGACCCCUUCCACAUGGUCCUAGUCAGAGGCAUCUCGCUUCCUGUUUCCUCAGGUGGAGGACCUGGGCCGCUCAAACCUGUCCUCCCUCCUCAGCCACUGCCUGUCAAUCAGCCUCUUGGUGGAGCUUCACAACCCCCUCCACCCAUGAACCCAACCCACCCUUAUCAGAAUACAGCCCCAAUGACUGCUGCUCAGGUGGCUGCACAGAUGGCUGUGGAGGCAGCCAACAACCAGAAGAGUCGCUUCCCGGGAAUGGUCAACCAGGGUCCUCCGUUUACCAGUCAGCCACCCAUCCCAUCAGUCGCUGGAGUGAAGCUCAAUCAGCCCAGCAUUGCAACAGUCACUACAUCAACACAGCCCAUGAUGCCACAGCAACAAGUUCCUCCCAAUCAGCCAGUCCCCCCGCCAGUACAGCCAGUACCAAAUCAGCAGCCGCAGAUACCACCUCAGCAGCAACCCACUGUGAAUCAGCCCACAGUGCCUUCAGCACAGCCCAACAUGCCUGGUGUGUCUGGAGCUCCAGGCAAUGCAAAUUCAAUUGGACAGCAGCAAGGUGUGGCCAAUAAGAUUGUAGCAUGGACCGGUGUCCUGGAGUGGCAAGAGAAGCCUAAAGCCUCUUCCAUGGAUUCAACCACCAAACUAACACGUUCUCUGCCAUGUCAAGUGCAUGUUAACCAAGGGGAGAAUCUAAACACAGACCAGUGGCCACAGAAGCUCAUCAUGCAACUGAUUCCACAGCAACUACUGACCACCUUAGGUCACCUCUUCAGGAACUCUCGAAUGGUUCAGUUUCUCUUCACCAACAAAGACGUGGAGUCGCUGAAAGGCUUGUACCGCAUUAUGGCCAAUGGCUUCGCCGGCUGCGUUCACUUCCCUCACACUACGUCGCCCUGUGAAGUGCGGGUGCUGAUGCUGCUCUACUCGUCCAAGAAGAGAAUAUUCAUGGGCCUCAUCCCCAACGACCAGAGCGGCUUCGUCAACGGCAUCCGGCAAGUCAUCACCAACCACAAGCAGGUCCAGCAGCACAGAGCGCAGUUGGGUGGUGUGGGGCCGAUGCAGCCUGUUCAGGUCGCCCCCAAUCAGAACUUCCUCAACAGGCCCCCUGGGCCCAUUCCUGUCUCACAUGGCAGCGUCCAGCAGCAGUCUGUGGUGGUGGGCAUGCCCCCUGUUAGUCAGGUCUCUAUGAUGGAGGAGCAGCAGAGGCAGAACAAUAUGAUGACGAUGAGAGCAGCCGGACCAGCCAAUCAACAGCCGUCGGUCGGCGGAGCUCCACCCAACCAGGUCGCACAAAGCGGACAAGCCCAGCCCCAGGGUCCCAUACUCCGCCUCUCAAACCCAGGAGCCAAUCCACAGCUUCGCAGUCUUCUCCUCAGUCAACAGCAGCCACAGGGUGGGGUGUCUCACAUGUCAGGCAUGAUGUCUCACCAGGGUUUAGGGCAGCAGUUGGUCCAUCCGGCACCAGGAGUGGGGCCACAAAUGCAGAGCCAGUGGAGGCAGCCCUUAGGUCAGAUGCUGAUGUCUGGAGGUCAGCGAGGCGUGGUACCACAGCCAGGGAUGACUCAGGUCUCCAGCGUCAUGGAGGAUGAAAUCCUCAUGGACCUUAUCUGAUCCUGCUUUGUGGCGUCAGGAACUGGAUUUUUAGUUGUAUCGCAGCAGCCAUUUGCCAGUCUGGACACAUGCAUCCGCUCUGUUGCUUCAUUGCUACAAAUGGUCAACAUAAUUAAGGAACAAAUCAUGAUUUUUUUUUUAUUUUUUUUUUAUUUUUUUGGGGGGGGGGGGGAUUUUUUUUUGGAUUUUUUUACGGGACUGAGCCGCUGAAGUUAAGUAGGGGCAGACAAUGCGAGCAUUCGUUUUUUCAUGUAAGUGGUCAAACCGACGGCACGCUAAUCCUCCAUGCUACUCACUGGAUGAAGUCAAACCAGUGAAAACAGCAGAUUAUCUUAUGAUUCUGGAAACUCUGCUUUUCUAUAUGUUUUUUUGUUUCGAAUUUUAUCACUGAAAUCAGAAAUAUUGUAAUUUUUUCCUUUUUUAAUUGAGAUUUUACCUUUUCUGUUGUUUCUUGUUUUAUUAUUGAUGAAGUUGUUUUAUGAGGACACAAUAAAAUGAUGGACUGUA